AUGACACCCGAGCAAAAGGCCCUACUCUACGACUCCUACUACCAAAACCACCGCAUUCAAUGGUAUCUUGGUUAUGUCUGGGCGGCAACCGUCGCUGCUAUUUUCACCUACCGUAUCACAGUCACCGGGUUGCGCUACGUCCGGACGCUUGCAUGCCUCGAAAACGAAAAGCAGCACUACUUCGUCAACCCUCAUCCCGGAUGGGCUGCUUUGAGACGCAACAUCAUCGAUGCGCCUCUCUUCCGUAGAAGACACAACCGGGAGUUCAAGCUGUCUGCUGCGGCCAGCAUGGGCACGCUGCCAGGCAGGCUGCAGACUAUGUAUCUCAUUGGCUACCUUGCAAUGAACAUUGCCUUCUGCGUUGUCAGUAUCCAUUGGGGCGGAGGCAACGUUGCCACUGAGAUCAGAAACCGCACGGGCGUGUUGUCUGUGAUGAACAUGCUUCCUCUGUUCUUGCUCGCUGGCCGUAACAACCCAUUGAUCAAGUUGCUCGACAUCUCUUUCGACACUUACAACCUCAUGCACCGCUGGAUUGGUCGUAUUGUGGUCCUUGAAGCCGUCGCUCAUACUGCCGCAUGGAUGGCAAGCAAGAUCAUGGCUGCUCCUUCUUCUUCAGUCGGCUGGAACAUCAUUGGAAAAGCAAUGGCCAGCAGUCAGCUCAUCCUAACUGGCACCAUCGCUACCUCUGCUUUUAUCAUGCUGUUACUGCACUCUCCAUCUGUUGUUCGUCAUGCGUUCUAUGAGACUUUCCUCCACGUUCACAUUGUGCUGGCCAUUAUCGCCAUUGUCACAGUGUGGAUCCAUCUCAAGACUCUUCCACAACAGGUCCUGAUCCUUGGUGUAAUCGUUAUCUGGGUCUUUGAGCGUACUGCUCGUGUUGCCAUUUUGAUUCGUCACAAUGUCGGACGUGGUGGCACCAAGGCUGAAGUCGAGGCUCUCGCCGGAGAGGCCAUUAGAGUCACUCUUCGCAUGGCACGUCCCUGGAAGUUCCGUGCUGGCCAGCACCUCUACCUUUACCUGCCUUCAGUUGGCAUGUGGACCAGUCAUCCAUUCACCAUCGCCUGGAGCCAGGAAGAACAGGAUCUCACUUCGGAGAAGUUGCCAACUGACACUCUCGACGUACUCGCUAGACGCAAGACAACCAUGUCUCUAAUCAUUCGCCGUCGCACUGGUUUCACUGACUCCCUUUGGAAGAAGGCGGAAAAUGCUCCCGAUGGCAGAUUCUUCACCAACGCCCUUGUUGAGGGUCCCUACGGAGCUGCUGACUCUUACGAGUCUUAUGGCCACGUUAUGUUGUUCGCCGCUGGUGUUGGCAUCACUCAUGCAGUACCUCAUGCUCGUCAGCUCGUAGGUGGCUAUGCCAACAACACCUGUGCUACUCGCAAGGUCGUUCUGGUAUGGAUUCUCCAAAGUCCGGAGCAUUUAGAAUGGAUCCGUCCUUGGAUGACUGAGAUCUUGGCUAUGGAGAAGAGACGCGACUGUCUUCGCAUUCUCCUCUUCGUCACCCGUCCCAAGAGCACAAAGGAGAUCCACUCCCCAAGUGCUUCUGUCCAGAUGUUCCCUGGCAAGCCCGACGUGGGUGCUCUUAUCUCUGCAGAACAAGCCAAGCAGGUUGGUGCCAUGGCCGUCAGUGUAUGUGGCACUGGAGGUCUUGGUGACGAUGUCAGACGUGCCGUCCGAGAACGCUGUGAGAAGACCACGAUCGAUUUCUACGAGGAGAGUUUCACCUGGUAG